UUAUUUCACAUGAUGGCAAAGACGUUCACGUGCAUGUAAACUGAUUCGUUCAGUUCAGCGUUUACAACCCCGCUCCCGGGAUGUUAACACCCCUCUGUUUUUGGAAAGUCGCCUCUUGAUUUAUUCGCAAUAACUUCGGUCGGUCAGACAUGCUGCAGUUUCAUCUCAAGACCUUUUUUUUUUCCUCUCAAAGCCAAUCUGUGGACCUUCCUAUGAGUCUGAUAUCCAGUGGAAUUAAAUGGAACCUGUCUCCUGAGAGCUGGGGGCGGGAGGUGGUGAACGAGGCGGCUGCAGGUGAACCGUGAUUGACACGUUCAUCAGCAUUUGACACUUCGCCGCCCUAGUCAAUUGUCUGGUGCGCCUAUGGUCGCGCCGGCAUUGUGUAUGAUGGUGUUGGGUCGUCCAACUGGAGCAGAGCAACACAGACGGACGGAGCGUGUCCACGAACACACCGCUGGGACUUCACUACGGUCCGCACCGAUGGCAAUCAGCUCCAGGAGGAUGUUGCGAUGGCUGGUUUGUGGUCGCUUGGGUCCAGUGUGGAUGUGGAAGGCAUUGCUGCUCUUCGUGGCAAUUGCCUUCGCCAGCCAGCUGUUGGGGGUCAUCUUCAACAAGAGCAGUGUCCACCCAGCUGCUCACUCCAUUUUCUCGUCCCCUGAUGCUCAGGGGCCCUCUUUGGGCUCCUGUCAGCCCCACACCCACAUCAUGUUCCUGAAGACCCACAAGACGGCCAGCAGCACUGUGCUCAACAUGCUGUACCGAUUUGGAGAAGAGCGCAACCUUCGCUUUGCCCUGCCAAUGGGCUACCAGCUGGGCUAUCCACUGCCCUUCAAUGCUCACAGGGUCAAAGGUUAUCGGGGUCCUGGAGCCAUGGAGUUCCACAUCAUGGGAAAUCACAUGAGAUUUCACAAGCUGGAGGUGGAGAAGGUGAUGCCGGAAGACACCUUUUACUUUUCUAUCAUCAGAGACCCAGUUUCCCUGGCUGAGUCCUCCUUUGCUUAUUACAAAGAGGUAGCACCUGCCUUUCGGAAAGCCAAAGGCUUGGGCGACUUUGCUGAUGACCCGAAGAAAUACUACGACCCUCGUCUACGCAAUAAUCACUAUGCCCGUAACCUUCUGUGGUUUGACUUUGGAAUGGACCACAAUGCUAAUUUCUCUAUGGCACUGGCUCAGCGUGGUGAGGCCAUGAUCCGCCGGGCCUUCAAGCUGAUUCUGGUGUCUGAGUACUUUGAUCAUUCCAUGAUCCUGUUGAGGCACGCCCUCUGCUGGCCACUGGAUGCUGUGGUCUCUUUCAGCCUUAAUGCCCGCCAGCAGAAGCCCAGUGGCAUUGGGGUGAUGAGUGGGAGCUGGGUGGGCAAAGCUGUGGCUGGUGUCGGUGUUAGAGGAGGACAUUCUCAAGCCAAAAUGCCGCCCAAUCUGCCACUCACAGAGGAACAGCGCGAGAGGCUGCGGCAGUGGAACGCCUUAGACUGGUACUUAUACAAAGCCGUCAACCAGACCUUCUGGGAGGAAAUUCAGAGGUUUGGUCUCACUGAGAUGGAGCAGGAAGUAGCUCUUCUCAGGACACGGCGGGAAGAACUGGCCCGGGUUUGUCUCAGGGAUGGUGGGAAACCUGUGGAGGCAUACCGGAUCCGAGAUAAAACCAUCCGGCCAUUUCAGAGUGGAUUAGUAAAGAUUCUUGGCUAUGAGCUUCAUCCGGGGCUGGACAACACCACCAGAACAGCCUGUCUGAGAAUGAUCAGGCCAGAGAUCCAGUACAAAGACGUGCUUGAUGCUAAACAGUUCCCACGGGAUUCAGCAGCUCAAGUCCAGCCAGGGCAACAGGGCCAGGGACGGAUGGUCUCAGCCGGUGGCUCUUUUUUAAGACAAGACUCCUCGAGAACAGGAGAGACGCUGGUGGUGGGAGAGGUUGGGGGGAGGACAGUGGAGGAAGGGGAGAGAGACUGGGAUGCAAGCCAUUCAAUUCGGACCAACCAGACUUUGAUGCGAGGAAAAGAAAAAGGAAGGUUGAGAUAGUUUGAGACUGAAGAGCUCCCGUGUCUUCAGUGCUACCUCCAGGAUCACGGUACUUCAGCACCACUUCAUAUUACACUGCACCUGACUGUGCAUCCUUUCCCACCAUUUAAUUUGCUUUUAGGAUUGCCUUCUUUGUUAUGAGCUGAGACUGAAAUGUUCUCGGACCUGAUUUUUUGAGGCCAUUACGUUAAGAGGCGUUAAUAUUUGACAGUAAACAUUGAACAUAUUUCUCUUUCUACUCAAACUUACAGUGUCAGAUCAACAUUAUCGAUACGGAUUCCUGGAUGUAGACCUUCUUUAGAAAUGACCUUAAAAACUUCUGUAGCAUUUCUGACCUGACAUUUUGUUACUUAUCAGCCAAAACUCACAUCAAUAUAUCUGUUAUAAAUUGUCAGUGUAUUGUUCAGGCUCCAAUGCAACAGAUGACAAACAAAUAUUUUUCGGAAAAACUUCAACUUUCCCUUCAGAGCCACCAUCAGAUAUUGAUAUAAUUAUAAUAUAUAUAAUUCUAAUGGGCACAUGUUCUUGACAGUUGGACUAAAUAUUGGACAGUUCAUUGUCUUUCUUUAGCGCCACCCUUAGUUCAACCCGUCAACUUUGGAUAUAGGAUGCAGAUUGCUUUAAGACACAUCCACCACAUACUUGUUUUACGGUGAAACUGAUCCACAUCUAUCAGAUGUUAGCCUUUCCAUGACACCACUGUUUAAUCAGCAGCAGGAGAAACACAAAUUUCAAAACAUUUUUUCAUGCCUUAGGAAGUCAUAUAAUGUACCAGGGCUUUAAAACCUUGUCCCUCUGUAUUUAAUAUUCUAUUUGCCAUGUGUACAUACUGUAUUUAUCAGGGCUUGUUCUCUGUAGGGGUUCGUGAUGAGAGGAGGAGUGUGCCUGUUGCAGUAUGAUGGAAUUUACUAUUGAUGUUGGGGGAAAAAAACAUUGAUCCAAAUGUGCCAGUCAGUAACUCGGGCUGGGCCGUUAUUCAAUAUUACCAUUUCAUUUCACUAGGAUGGUUGCAUCAGUCACAUCAUGUUUUUCACAUAGUUUAAUCACAGAAGUUUAGAUUUUUCAGCAGAUUGCAGCUUUAAAAAGAAACAAAGUUAGUUGUUAGUGAUGUUUAGGUGUGAAGAGGGCAAUCUCACUAUACAUGAUUAUGAAAAAUAUUCAUUACACUGAACAGAAGUUUGAUUAUUUCAUGUGUACACAUGAUUUCAUGAUGAAUACAAAAAUGGUUCUGUGACCACUUUGUAUACACAACUAUGUUAAAUUCCCACUUACAUUCACAAUUAUACAAAUCCAUUAUGUGCUGAUAGCUAACAGCAACUAAAGUGUGCAUAAUUUUCAAUUUUUUCAAUUGUAUUUACAUGGCUGUCUUCCCAAGCUCUGUUUUUGCUUCAAACAUUUUUACUGAUAUGGUACUGUGACUUAUUUUGUAGCUUGUUACAAGUAUUAAAGGUUUCCUUUAUGAACAUGGUGUAUGUUAUAUUGUGUGUAAGAAUGAUGCAGAAUAUAAAAUGUACAUCUUUUGUCAAACCUCUUUAAUUUUUCAAGGGAAAAUGAGCACAUGCUCUAAUUCAUUUUGUUCAUCUCUGAUAAUGCACAUUUUAUUCCAACAGCUUCCAUCUCCGCCUGCUAUCCUCACAUCCUGGAUUACAAUUGACAGGAAGUACUUGAAUAUUCUCAAAUUAUUACAGAUUUGACUGAAGUGGAAGUGCAAAUGUUCAUUCAGAAUGCAAUGGUGUACCCUGGCUUGGAUUUUACUUGAAACUGCAUAUAUAUUUGUGGGAAAUUGUAAUAGACCAUGCUCUUUGUGUGCAUCCACUGAGUUGUUUCUUUUCUGGUACUGAAUAAAACAUUUCUUUAAUGUCAUUAGUUGUUCUCCUGGUCUUAACUUUCAUGUUUAUUCAUUCAGCUGGAUAAUAAACUGUUUGAUUGCA